AUGAGUAACUUAUGCUCUGUCAACGCUCAACUUUUAGCUGACCCAGAUAAAUUUAAAAUCGCGUGCCAUAUAAUGACAAUUAUCGCUAUCCCUAUCCACUUUUAUGGAACUUGGUGUAUUUUGUUCAAAACUUCAAACACUAUGAAAUCAGUCAAAAAAUUAUUACUCUGGUCCCAUUGCCUUGGUGCUCUAUUGGACUUGAGUUUGAGCUUUGUGUCAAUCCCUUAUUUCUUGUUUCCAACAUUCUCUGGGUACGCAUUAGGUCAAAUGAAUAUGCCAAUGUUACAAAUUUAUAUUGAAAUGUCACUAGCGGCAUUGCUCUGCACAUCAAUCCUGAGUAUUUAUGAAAACCGAUACUACAUUCUAUUCGCCCAAAACGAGAAUCAUUGGUGGAACAAAACUCGAGACUAUUUCUUAAGCUUGAACUAUUUAAUAGCAGUGACUUUUAUUGCACCCAACUAUUUGUUCUGUCCGGACCAGAUUUCAGCAUUUGAGAUAAUUAAAACAAAACUUCCAUGCACUCCAGAACAUUCCAUCGAUGACAGAAGAAUAUUUGUGGGAGCCAUUGAUUUGAACUUCACAUUCUUCAGUCUUACAAUUGAAGCGAUAUUGUUGUUCAUAGAAAUAGCGACUUUUUUCUUCAUAGUUUUCUUCAAACUCGUACAUCGGAACAAGAGAAAAAUGUCAUUGAUGUCUAAUAGAACCCAUGGGUUACAAACGAAAUUUGUGAUAGCUCUGUGUUUGCAGUCUACCGUACCCUUACUACUCAUCGCUGUCCCCAUCACAUACGUUCUUGCAACACUCCGCCUCACCUAUCAUAAUCAACUUCUUACAAAUUUAUGCGUCCUUAUUGGAUCCUCCCAUGGAAUCGUUGCCACUAUUGUUAUGGUUCUGAUUCACAAGCCCUACAGAGAUGCCACUGUUUACUUAUGUUGCUGUUCGAAAAGAAAUGCAAAUUUUGAUUCUAAAAAUUUUACUGUCAACUUUACAAAUCGUAUGAUAAAGUAUUGA